AGACUCUUUUUUUGGCUAAAAUGUUGGGUCCUCCCUUUUGAGUUUUAAUGGAGAAGAAGGCAGUUCAUGUGGAGCCGUUUCGUGAUCAACCUUCAACGAAGGUUGUUACAAGCACCUUUCAUCCACUGACAUUAGCACAUGUCUGUACAAAUGUUAACGAUCUCCCUGAGGAGAGCCCCAUCCUGAAGGCUGGUGAGGAGAAAGAGAUCGGAAAGCAGGGCUUGAAGAAGAAGCUUACGAGGGAAGGUGAAGGGUGGGACACCCCUGAGAAUGGCGACGAAGUUGAAGAUCUCUGCAGAUUCAUCUUGUUUCGCCACUACUACAACAUCCCAAUCAUGGCGAAAGAUGACCUGGGUUUUAUGGUCCGCCGAAUCCGAAUUGCAGAGAACAAAGCCGAGAUCCUCCCACUGCAUAUGUUUUGGAAACAGGAUGAUGCUAAAGUGAAAAAGUUACGAGUGGUUGGGAAAUUGUUAUCCCGACGUAGGAUCAACCUUAAUGGCCUCCAAAAUGUUUUAACGGCUUCCUGGAACCCUAAGAAAGCUCUUGUAAUUGUCGAUCCAGGUGGUUGUCAUUGGAGAUGGAUUGGGUUUUCCGACCGAAAACAGGAGGAAAGGAUUGUGGUUGGGAAAGCUGAUGGUGUUCUACGAGGGGAGAACACUAUUCCAGUCGUUAAAGGGGCUCUUGUUCCCUUAAUGACUUUCAGCCACAUGGUAUUAAAGAGGAUUGGAACAAUUAGGGCCAUGGUUGGGAGCUCAUGGAGCCGAGGGAGGUGCUUGGGCUUGGAUGGAGGACCAUGCCCCUUCUUGUUGAUUAUUCCUCAAUGAAUAGAUAGGGUGGCAACUUGUGGGUUGAGGACUGUUUGUUGUCGAAAUCCCUUGC